AUGCAUCUCCAGGACGUCAUUCUGAAGACGCACCUGGAGGUGCAAGGCUUCUGCACCGUCCGUUGGCUGUCUCGCGGAGAUGCUGUGAAUCGCUUCUGCGACGUGCUGCCGGUGCUGAUGUGGAUGUGGACGAAGGAGAAGGACGGGAUGGAGAAACUCGCUACCAGCUUCAAGUUCCACUACAUGCUUUACCUCCUGGCUGACGUGCUGCAGCUGCUCAACGGACUCAAUCUUGCCUUCCAGAAGCAGACGGUCGACAUCACAGAGGUGAAGAAUCACGUCGACAAGGUGAAGACCAAGCUACCGCAGUACUACGUCGAGCCCAGCGCAUCCUACGGGCCGAACACCUCUCGCCUGAACAAGUUCCUUGCUGCACACGGCAGCAAGGACAAGCGCAAGAUGGAGCUCAAGGGAGUGGGUGGCGACGGCAAACCUGCAAAAGCCGAGAUCGAGCUCCACGAGGACAUCAUCGACCCUGAAAACCCGGGGGGGGGAUGCGACUUGGAGGCCUGCGUGGACCUGGCGCGACGUUUCGCUCAGCGCCUGAUUAAGGCGCUGGGGAAGAGGAUGGCGUUUUAG